AUGUCAUUGAGUACCCUUUUACCAUUAUUCCACUCAACGGAAAAUCUAGAGUCAGACUCUCAAACAAAGAAAGUCAGUCUUCUCGGCACUAUUAACGGAAAAAAUGCCAUCUUACAGCUAGAGAAGAGGCCUUUUGACUCAAAAGCAUGUAUUCCAAAUUCGAAUAUCAUCCAAGCACAAAGCAAUGAUGUGUACUUUUGGGGUACAGGUUCGAGAUCAACAGAAGAUCCUGGUGAUAAACAAACUACUGAUUCAGCAGAAUGCAAAAUUAAUCUCAUAUACCCGGCAUCUGCAGCACACAUUGCGAAAUAUCGUAAGCAUCCAUUGCAUAUGGUGAUAGAGACGCCAAAAGCCUAUCAGAAAAUAGUAAGACCAUACAUAGAAACUCAGAAAGGUGAUCGUUUGUCCUGGGUGAGGAAUAUCUUGUAUCAUGGACAGGAAGCAGAGAGAGUUGUGUUCAAAGACAGCAGUUACAUUCUACUUCCAGAUAUGAAAUGGGACGGAGUGGCUAUAGACUCGCUUUAUCUUGUUGCAAUUGUUUAUAGGAACGAUAUUGCGUCCAUCAGGGACCUAAAGCAAGGAGAUAUACCAUAUUUGGAGGCUAUUCGGGAUAGCAUUUUAGAAAACGUUCCUACAAAGUAUCCGAUUGCUAGAGAUCAACUCAGGUUGUAUGUGCAUUAUCAGCCCUCUUUCUAUCACUUUCAUAUCCACGUUGUUAAUGCUAAUUAUACUGGUCUUGGUCAAACCAUAUUGGCAGGAAAGGCUAUUUUGCUCGAGGAAGUUAUCGAAUCAUUAAAGCUUCUUGGGAAGGAUGGCUUUUCCAAAAAGACCAUUACAUAUGGUUUGAGUGAGUCUCAUGACUUAUGGAAUUUAGGAAUGAGAAAUUACACCCAGUAG